CAUCACAAAAACCAGACAUGAAAUUCCCUAGUCAGACAAACAUAUCACUAAACUCAAAAUAGGAAACUAAGAGAGCUGCCGCCUAUCUCAUCAUCGGAAAUGGCUUCUCCGUCGACCCUCUGUUCCAACUCAUCGGACCAGGAGUUCAGCUUGUCACCUUCCUUGUCAAAGUUAAGUUCCUUUUUCCCCUUCCUUCUAUUGUUAUUUUAUGGGUUGAGCUUCAAUGAAGCUAAUACCACCAUCCUACUAAAAUUAAAUUCUAGGGAAUUAGAAGAAUCCAGGUGGUUAUUGUUGUAGAUGUAAACUCUAUAUAUUAAUAAACAUGAAAUAGGUAUCUAAGACAGCUGCCGCCUAUCUCGUCAUCGAAAAUGGCUUCUCCGUCGACCCUCUGCUCCAACUCAUCGGACCAAGAGUUCAGCUUGUCACCUUCCUUGUCAAAGUUGCAAGUACAUUUCGAGAGUCUUUUCUCAUCUGAAUUGAGCAAAAAAGAAGGAACUGCCUUGUUGCCAACAGGAAAAAGGAUUUACAAUACAGCCACAACGGAGGACUACACCAAUAGGAGGAAAGUGUCAAUACUAUUCUGAAUUUGGUCAAGCACUACUCAGAAAGAAACUGUUUUUUGGUGCUUACUUUUUUUAAGGUUUUUGGCUCCUAAAGAAUUUCAGAAAACCACCAUAUAUGUGAGAAAACAAACAAGCAGUUGCAUUGCAAAGUCAACACAAAUUUCUGAUCUUGAACAAGAAAAACAGAAUUUCGCAAAUCAAUGACACCAGGAGGAGUUGUCUAUAGGCAAACAACACUUACAGGGGGAACUAUUCAAGCAACUCAAUCACUGCAUGAAUCAAAUAGCCCUACCCUUGCUGUUAAUACAGAUGAUUCCGCUAGGAUCAAGAAAGGUCGUGGCAAGACUAGAGAGAAAGGACUUGAAAAAAUGAAGAAGGUUAUGGGAAGCAAGAUGAAAAUUGAGAUCCCAAUUGGUAAAGGAAGGCCAACUAAGCCAAUUCAAUCAGCCAAACUAUCUAAUGAAUUAGAGAUAAUUUCUCGGAAUUUUCUUCCACUUCCAAACAAGUGGAAAGAACUUACAAGAGAGGACAAAGAUGCAGCACUAAUUAGAUGCCACGAGAGGUUUAACAUUAACUUAGACGAGCAUUAUGUGAAAGAUAGUUGUAAAGAUAUACUGAAAAAUAGAAGCCGACAAUGGCGCUACAAGUUAAAACAAAAAUUUGAAAGUGCACGCUCCUUGGAAGAGGCUCGUAAAAUGGAAGUCGAACAGUUGACCUCAGAUAAUUGGAAUAAGCUUUGUGACAUGUGGAGCGAUCCAGAGCACAAGAAACGAUGUGAAAUAAAUAAGGCCAACCGAACUAAGCUUAAAUCUAAUCAUUUCAUGGGAUCAAAAGCGUUUGUUGCAUAUCGUGCUAAAAUUGGUGAAAAGGAAUCUGAAGUGUAGAGCCUAACAGAAUUGAGUUCUACAAGCAUACUCAUUACAUGAGUUAAAAAAAUGGUCAUCUGAAGAAGCUGAGACUAAUUAUGUAAGAAAAACAACAUGAACGAUUUGAAAGCUCUAUAUACUUCUGGAGAAUCUUCCAUGACUAUUGAUGAAAUUGUGGAUGUUGUACUUGGUACAAAGUUGGGGUACAUAAAAAGAUCUUGGUUAUGGUCCUAAACCUAAUACUACAAGGGCAACACAAAGGAGAAUGGCAGAGGUAGAAGAUUCCCUCAAAAAGGCGAGACUUGAAGCUUCUAGUGCCCAAAAUGAGUUACAGAAAUGAUUAAAUGCAGCUAAUACUGUGGUAGAAAGCCAACAAUCACAGACACAAGACCAACAGUCGCAUAUCAAAGCAUUAAAUUCUCAAUUGAAUGAUGUAGCGGCAUGCCAA